CUUAAAUACUCACGUACCCAAACAUCCCUCCAUUUCUUACACCCCUCUAUUUCCUAAUACAGAAAUGGCAGACUGGUCUGAACUCCCUUCAGAACUGCUAGAACUGAUCUCUAACCUCUACAAAACUUCUUCUAACACCCGCCAUUUUCGGUCUGUCUGCUCUUACUGGCGCUCCUCUGUUCUUGGCAAACCAUCCACUCAUUUUCUCUCUCCCACCAUCAAAUCCUUCAAUUCUGAUCAAUCCCAUGAUCAUUCCGAUUCCGACCUUCGCCUCGUCAAACAAACCACCUUCCUCCUCUCUCUCUCGUCUGACCCCAACUCUUGUUGGGUGAUCAAGACCGAGGAGAAUAAACCAGGGCUGUUUCGCCUCUUUAGCCCGUUCUCAAAGAGGCAUUUUCUUAACAACUUAGACCGCAGCAUUUUAGACCUUACAAAUGUUUACACCUUUGAAAUUGGUAGCGAGUAUGUUCUUCGUAAUGUUAUUAGCGUGAACGAGAAAGUAGCGUAUCACUCGAGAGGAAAUGACAGUUUUACCCUCUUGUCAAUCCAAAAUUCCACUGGGAAAUUAGUAAUGUACCGGUCGAGUUCCCAAGAAUGGGCCUUUUUGGACGAUUUUGCCCUUGGGUAUGACGAUGCAGGCGAUUUUGUUUAUGAUUGGUCGUUGCGUUACGUUGACGUGGCGGAAUAUGAUGGGAAAUACUACGCCGUGACCGAUUUAGGUAGAACUGUAGUUAUUGAAUGCGAAGAUGAUUUUUCAGUCGAGGUUAACCUAAUGAUAAAGUCGAUUACUGGAGGAGAUAAAAAGUGUUUGGUGAAAUCAAACUGUGAUUUAUUGUUAGUAGAUUUGUACACCUGUUCAGAUAAGGGAUCCCUUGAAGUCAAUGCAAUCGACGUUUUUAAACUAGAUAAAGAAGAAAAGAGAUGGGUCUUACUUAAAAGUUUAGGGGGUUGUUCGAUAUUCUUAAGUAACUUUUCUUCAUUAUCUACUAGCACUAGUUUGCAUGGGCUUAAGGAAAAUUGCAUAUACUUUUCCUUCAAAAAUUUUGGGAGAGAUUUUUCAGAGAAAAAGGAUGGAGAUGAUGUUGAUGAGUAUUAUGAUGUGGAUGGUAUGGAAAGUAGUAACAUUGGAGUUUUUGAGUAUGACAAGGGGAACUUUGGGUCGUUUGAAGAAAACUUUGAAGAUUCGAAGUUCUUAUGUUGGCCCCCUCCUUCUUGGGUCAAUUUAUUAACAUAAGAUGUGCACUGUUUAUUUUAUUUUUUAUUUGAACUUUUUAUGUAUGGGAAUAUGGGAUGUACAUUAAAUCAUUAAGAUGUGUACUUAAUUAUAUUAAUUAGUUACUUGUAUUUUUAAUUUCUUUCGUUUCUUUUCUUUGUUUUACCUUUUCAGUAUACUCUAGCGGUCUAGCCCAUUACAAAUUCUGAUGGUUGCAUCCUAAAACGUAAUUAAUUGAUCA